UUCUCCGCCUUUGUCCUAAUCCACACCAGCAGGUGGAGCCGCAGUUAAAGUUUCCGAGUCCAUUCCGGGAGCGGGAGCCCAUCUUGCUCGCCGCGGAGGCCCUCGCUAGAGGAGGAGGGUCAGAGAUCGGGUGCAGCCAAUCGCGGGCAACGCUGCUAGUUAUCAGAGCAGAAUGGGCUGUAGUUUAGUGAAAUAGGAAAGCUGCAAAACACUGUGGAGUGUUCCCGUGUAAAUAAAAAGAGGAAAAAAAAGUUUCUCAAGUCGCCGCUGCACGACGUCGGGCCGGCGCCGGGGCGGGGGUCUGCGCUCUCCCGAGCGGCCGCGCGCUGGACUUUAUUGUGCCGCAACGAGCCCCCGUUCCCAUUGUUUGUGUUUUUUUUCAAAAUAUGGCAAAGGUUCAGGUGAACAAUGUAGUGGUGCUGGAUAACCCUUCUCCUUUCUACAACCCAUUCCAGUUCGAGAUCACCUUCGAGUGCAUCGAGGACCUGUCUGAAGACCUGGAAUGGAAAAUUAUCUAUGUGGGCUCUGCAGAAAGUGAAGAAUACGAUCAAGUUUUAGACUCUGUUUUAGUGGGCCCUGUUCCUGCAGGAAGGCAUAUGUUUGUAUUUCAGGCUGAUGCACCUAAUCCAGGACUCAUUCCAGAUGCAGAUGCAGUAGGUGUAACAGUUGUGCUAAUUACAUGUACCUAUCGAGGUCAAGAAUUUAUUAGAGUUGGUUAUUAUGUAAAUAAUGAAUAUACCGAGACAGAAUUAAGGGAAAACCCACCAGUAAAACCAGACUUUUCCAAGCUUCAAAGGAACAUUCUAGCAUCCAAUCCCAGAGUCACCAGAUUCCACAUUAAUUGGGAAGAUAACACAGAAAAACUGGAAGAUGCAGAGAGCAGUAAUCCAAAUCUACAAUCACUUCUUUCAACAGAUGCAUUACCUUCAGCAUCAAAGGGAUGGUCUACAUCAGAAAACUCACUAAAUGUCAUGUUAGAAUCCCACAUGGACUGCAUGUGACCACCUGCCAUCCCUUUAGUACAAAUUAAGCUAUAAAAACAUACAGAACUAUUUCCCUGAAAUUCCGUAAGUACAUAGUCAAGAUACAAUGUGAAGAAUUUGUUUAAAAAACAUCCUGUAGAAAGUUUAUAAGAAAACCAGUAUUUGAGCAAAUUGUGGAAUAUAAAUACAACUAUUUUUAAGUAAUUUUUUUCUCUAAUGUGUUAUUUUAUUUGUUCUGAAACUAAUCUGAUUAAAACAUAUAUUAUUUUCUUCUCUAUAUGUAAUUAAAGCACUUAUAAAGAAAAAUGAAGCAGCAGACCAGGUUGUAAAGAUGUCUUAGCCUCUUGGACAAUAAUCUUUGGACCACUAUUUUACUAACUUUUGAAAGAACAGAGUUCGCAUCAACUGAAAUGUGUCUUCCUGUGAUAACACAUAAUUUGGUUUGAUUUAAGGGGCAACUUUCCAUUCUUUCUUUGGGGCAUGUCCUUAAAGAAGAGACUUGAAGUCGACUAUAUGCUACUAAGAAUUUUAGAAUCUGAUUUUCCAGGCCACCUUGAAGCCUUUUGUAGCUGCUAUUCGGUUCAUGUAAUGUUAGCAUUCAGUUUGGUUUCUAAGUUAACAAAUGUGGUUAACUGUUUAUAAGGUCCUCUGGUUAUGAUUUUUGUUUUUAUAACAGUUUAGGACAUCAGAACACUUCCUGAAUCAUACAUCAUUAUUACCCAGUGAAUUCAGUAUGUGAAGAACAGAUACAAACUCCCUAAGUUUAAGAAUAGGAAAGUA